GGGAUUGACGACGUCAUGGAGAUCCCGCCGGCGAUGGAGAUCGGGUGGCCCACCGACGUCAAGCACGUGGCGCACGUGACCUUCGAUAGGUUUAACGGGUUCCUUGGGUUGCCGGUGGAGUUUGAGGUCGAGAUCCCGGGGAGAGUUCCGAGUGCGAGCGCAAGUGUAUUCGGCGUCUCAGCAGAAUCUAUGCAGUGUUGUUACGAUUCCAAAGGCAAUAGUGUGCCGACAAUCCUCUUACUCAUGCAGGAAAGGUUAUAUACACAAGGGGGACUCAAGGCAGAAGGAAUUUUUCGAAUAAAUCCGGAGAACAGCCAGGAGGAGCAUGUGAGAGAGCAGCUCAAUAGGGGAAUUGUGCCAGAUGAUAUUGAUGUUCAUUGCUUGGCUGGCCUUAUUAAGGCCUGGUUCAGAGAACUUCCAGAAGGGGUUCUUGAUGGUCUUUCUCCGGAACAAGUUCUUCAGUGUAACACAGAGGAAGAAUUUGUCGAGCUCGUGAAGCUUCUUCCACCAACACCAACUGCCCUCCUAAAUUGGGCUGUCAAUCUCAUGGCUGAUGUCGUUGAAGAAGAAGAACUCAACAAGAUGAAUGCGCGAAACAUUGCCAUGGUCUUUGCACCAAAUAUGACUCAGAUGUCAGAUCCUUUGACAGCUUUGAUGCAUGCUGUCCAAGUGAUGAACCUGCUCAAAGCUCUAAUCCUAAAAACCCUAAGAGAGCGCGAAGAGGAAAAUUUAGAAGGAGAGUACUCCACCUUCUCCUCUUCACCUUCGUCAGAGCAACAAUGUGAAUAUGACCUUGACAGCGAGCAAGCAAUGGAGUUGAGCAGCGAGCCAAAGGAAGUCACUUCUGAUGACUGCAAAGUUAAGUACUACAUCAAUACUCAGUACGACGAAGAUGACACCAUGAAUGACAUCGAAGAUUGCUUCUUGAAACGAUUAGAAUGGAGAGGAUGUGUUGAAGAUCUCAUUAGAGAUAGCAUUAGCCUUGACUUGCAACCUGAAUCAAAGAGUACUAAUUCGGAAGAUGAGCAAGUGAAAAUGGUACAGGAUGCAAGUGAAACAUCUAACUUGGCUAUUUGCCUUAAGACCUACUGACUGGAAUCUCUAUUGGCUUCAUUACAAUAGUUGUAUAUUAGACGAUCAACAUGGGGUUGAGUGUUUAUUAGAUUGUUUGGUUUGAGAUUGUGAUGGCUUUUGUUCAGCUUCAAGCUGAAUUUUGAUUGUGUUGUUUGGAUGAUGAAACAAUCUCUUGGUGAAAUUGUAUGGAUACUUGCUAUUGUGAUUUUAACAUUGGCUUGUGGUGUUUGGAUGAUGAACAA